AUGUCCGAGUCCGAGCAAAUAGUAGAGGAACGAAUCGAGGUUGAGCCUCUCGUAGACCUAGAGACCGCGAAAGAGCGGAAGCUAGAAGGGAACGACCAUUUCCGUGCUGGGAAGUGGAACGAUGCUUUGGUUGCUUACCGAGCAGCUCUCAACUGUCUACCCAAACGGCCGCCGAAACCGCAGGAGGAAGGGCAACGGAAGGGCCUUCAUGACGACCUUGACGAAGAAUCGCCUCCCCGUCCCAAAGAAGACAAGGAUGCGGAAGUCGCAGAUGUAUCUUCUCCCGCAGUCAGCGAAGCUGAUAAAGAGCAUGCCCAGCUGCGGGCUGUCUUAAAUGCUAACAUUGGUGCAUGUUUCGUGAAAUUGGGGGAUCACAAAGAAGUUGUCGAGGCAUGCUCACAAGCACUACUGGAUGAUCCAACUUAUGUCAAGGCUCUGGAACGACGCGCGAGCGCCAACGAAAUUCUUAAUACCUGGUCCAGCCUGACGUCCGCACAGGAAGACUAUAACACUCUUCUGAAGCUGGUUUCUCCAUCUCAAGCUACGGAUAUCAGGAGAAAGCUUCAGCACUUCAAACCACGCGUAGAAGCUGCUCAGAAAAAGGAGACAGACGAGAUGCUUAGCAAAUUAAAGGGUUUGGGUAACAGUAUAUUGGGUAAUUUCGGCCUAUCCACGGAUAAUUUCAAGUUCGAACCCAACGGGCAAGGAGGAUAUUCCAUGAACUUCCAGCGAUAG